UUAUAACUUUUAAUUUAUUUAAGCAUAACUCGUUCUGCAUCACUUAGGUGCUUCUUUUUAGAGGAUCUUGAUUGAUAUAGUUUAGUGGCACUGAAAUUAACAGAGGAAACUGUUAGUUGAAAGUUUUUUGGUGCAUUUACUAAGUUCUUGUUAAUUGAAUGGAACCCAAUCGGAUGGAGCUAUUUAGUGAAAGAGAUAUGCUAUUCUUGAAAUGAUAAUGAUGGUGAAAAGCUUGUUAUUUUUUUUAAUGGAUGUAAUUGUGUAGCUUACUUUGGGUGCCCAUCAUAAUCCAGGCUAACUGUCAUGCUUUUCUAGCCUUUAGCUAUGGUUUUGAUGUUGCAGGAAUCCCGAAGAUCCUAAAUAUAGUUAGUAAAAUUUACUACUUUUUUAAAUAAUUAUGAUGCAAUUUUUAGUCCAAGUUGUUGAUUAGUUAUGAAUUUGUUUUAAAAAUGCUUGCAGCAAUGUUGUCUGUUGGCGACGAUGAAUUUUGGGAAGGAGUUUCACCUGUGGAGUUUGGAGAUUUACCGGCUCUCCAGGAUGCUGUGACUGUUGUUGGUUAUCCUAUUGGGGGUGACACAAUCUCUGUGACAAGUGGUGUUGUCUCGCGCAUGGAGACACUUUCUUAUGUUCAUGGAUCAACUGAGCUUUUGGGACUGCAGAUAGAUGCUGCCAUAAACUCUGGAAAUUCUGGGGGACCUGCCUUCAGUGAUAAAGGCAAAUGUGUUGGUAUUGCAUUUCAGUCUUUAAAAAAUGAAGAUGUAGAGAAUAUUGGUUAUGUCAUACCCACCCCAGUUAUCAUGCACUUCAUUCAAGAUUAUGAGAGGAAUGGUGCAUAUACAGGAUUCCCAAUCCUUGAGUGAGUGGCAAAAGAUGGAAAAUCCCGAUUACGUGUGUCAAUGGGGAUGAACCUGAUCAGAAGGAAGUCGA